AUGGCGGGUCUGGUGGAGUAUCCUCUACAGGGCAAGAGAUUCACUUGUAGUCAGGAGAAUGAGAAGAAGCUUAGCAAAACCGACCGUUUUCUUGUGUGUGAAAACUUCUUCAAUAAGUGGCCAGAUGCCUGUGUUAGAGUGCUUCCUGGGUUACUCUUUGACCAUUGCCCAAUCGCUCUGUCGGUUUUGGAUUUAAAGUAUGGGCCUCGGCCUUUUAGAAUGUAUAGCUCUUGGAUAGGGAGGCCAGGUUUUGAAGAAUCGGUAAUGAAGGCUGUUGAAGGUUUUACUUCGGCCGAACCACCAGAUGUCGUUCUCACCAAAAAGUUUGUGUGUAUUCGGAAGUCUCUAAAAAUCUGGCAGGACGAAUUACAAGAAAAAGAAAAUGAGCAAAUUAAUUUGGCAGUGGGUGAGUUGGAGAGGCUGGAGGAAGAAAUGGAAGAUAGAGAUCUGAGUGAACAAGAGGAUUGGACCCUUGCCGAAAACAGGAAGCUGAUAAAGGAUAUCGAAUUCAGAAGGAACGGUGACCUUAAGCAAAGUUCUAGAGUUAGAUUUGGAGACCCCCUGCCAAUCUGGCCGGACCUUUUAUGUGACAACCUCAGGCAGCUUUCGGAGGAGGAUAAGGAUUUUCUGAUCUCUCCCUUUUCUAGCUCAAAGAUUAAGGAAGCUGUUGUUGGUUGCCAUGAUGGCAAGGCUCCGGGCCCUGAUGGGAUGAACUUUAAACUUAUUAAAGCGUUCUGGUCCUUAUUUGAAGAUGAUUUUUGGAACUUAUUCCAACAGUUUCACAACGAUGGAGCCUUUAACAAUGGGAGCAGCUCUUCUUUCAUCACUUUAGUUCCUAAGAUCAAAGACCCGGUUUCUCUUAGCAACUUUCGUCCUAUCAAUCUUGUUGGUGUUGUUAGCAAAGUCGUUUCCAAAGCUUUGGCUAAUCGGAUGAGGAAAGUUCUUAGCAAGGUUAUCUCUGACUCUCAAUCGGCUUUCAUAAGGGAGUAUUUGACUGGUGGUUAUCUGUAA